AUGACGAAGAUAAAAGAUAAAUUUUGGGAAUAUGCCGAGAAAUUGAAUAACCGUUUCAAAUGUAAGUACUGCAAAAGAGAUUUUCCUGGAGGAGUAGCAAGAGUGAAGUCUCAUUUAUCAGGUAUUAAAGGCCGUGACAUUGCUGUUUGUGCACAAGUACCUGAGGAAGUACAAGCAUCUGCUGUUAUUGCAGUUGGGGAGGCCGGUGUUAAUGUUAGUGGGACUAAAAGAGCUAAAUCAUCUAGUGGGAGUGUUGGGGAGAGCAGUGUUAGUGUCUGUGAAGAACCAAGAUUGCAACAAACUUCAAUACCUGCAAUGCUCAGCAAAAAGGAUAAAGAUGCGGUGGACAUGAAAGUAGCUCUUUGUUUCUUCUUGAAUAACAUUGCUUUUAAUGUUAUACAGACAACAGGGUUUAUUGAGAUGAUUAAGGCUGUUUCGGAAUAUGGUAUUGGAUAUUCAUUACCUAGUUAUUCUACUCUUCGAACUAAGUUGGUUGUCAAUACUAAAGCAGAUGUGGAAUGUUAUGUAAAUGAAGUCAAAGAAUCUUGGAGUUUAACUGGAUGCACCAUCAUGUCAGACAUAUGGACAGAUAUGAAAAAACGGUCGUUUAUAAAUGUGAUUGCUUACUCACCAAAAGGGGCAGUAUUCUUAAAAUCAGUUGAAAGAUCCGGAGAGUCGAACACAGGUUUAUUUAUAAGGGAGGUACUUUUACCAGUUAUUGAAGAGAUUGGUGCUGAAAAUGUAGUGCAAAUUGUGACCGACAAUGCUUCAAACUAUGGACUUGCUUGUAACCUGAUCAUGGAAGAGUAUCCCCACAUAAUCAAAUCAAAGUGUGCUGCUCAUGGAGUUCAAUUGCUGUUUGAGGAUAUAUAUGAUUCUGUUGAUUGGGUUAAAGAUAUUUUUCUCAAAGCAAGAAAGAUAUAUGACCAUUUCUAUAGGCAUAUCAUUCUUUUGGACUUAAUGAGAGAGCAUACCAAGAAAGAUUUGAGAAAGUAUUCUAAAACCAGGUUUGCGUCUCACUUUCUUAUGCUUCAAUCUAUUUUAGAUGUUGAAGAUGGUUUGAGAAACUUGGUCGCAUCGGUUGAAUAUAGAAACAUGUUGUACAGCAAAGGAGCUGUUGCUGACAUAGUCAAAGAGCUUAUACAAGGAACACCAUUUUGGGAGGAUGGGAAAGAGCUAAUUUCAGCAAUUGGUAAAGGUAUUACGGUUAGUCGACGGUGA